AUGAAGUGGACCUUGAUUAUUGUGGCUAUUUCUAUGUAUUCUUUACAUGCAAAUUCAGAUCUUGAUACUGUUAAGCAAUUACUUACAGAUUUGAAAACAAAUGUGUAAUUGGACAUUGAAGCAUUAGAUGCAGCUUGGGAAUUACACAAGAAAAACAAACAGUCAGUAAUAGAUGGUUUGGGUUUUUCGACUCAAGAAUAGAGAUCAGAGUGUUAAAAGAAGGAUGAGGAUGUGGAGAGCAAAAAGAGAGAUAUAAAAAUAACUAAUGAUUUUGUGGCAUGGAUGGAGAAAAGAUAGAGAUUGAAUUCCAAUCGUUUGGGAGUAUUAGAAUAAAAUAGAUGUCAAUCAAGCAAUAAUUAUGUUCAUGAUAUUAAGAAUUAUAAAAUUGCAUUAGCAUUAGUGAAGUUUUUGAGAGAACAACUAGAUAAGUUAGAUUAGAAUGCAUCCCCUGCCUAGAAGCAAGAGUUUUUGUAAAAAGUGACCAAGUUUGUUUAGAUCUAUUAAACAGGUAAACUUUUAACAAUGGUUGAAAAUUUACAAAUCAACAAUGAUGGUUCAUAUGUGUUACCAACUGUUGAAGGGGAUGAAUAUGAUCUCAACGAAGCAAUUCUAUCUUCAACAAGAGGAAAAAGAAAUGCAAAUAAAGUUCUUCUAUAACAACAACAAACAACCGUUAUAGCAUCAGGUGAUGGCGACGAUAAAGCAGAUAGCGCAGUUGUUUUGAUACCUAGUUAAUGUGAUGAUUCUAUCAACACAGUUAUUGUUGUAUAAAAUGAUGAUGGAACAAAUAGUGAUGAUGAUUUACAUAUCAAAUUUACCAAUGGAGGAUCUAGCACUGGUGGUCAUACUAAACCUAAACCUGCUCCGAAACCACAUGUAGACCCUGUUCAUUAAGAAGAUACAACAGGAGAAGAGAGUGGCAGUCAUUCAACUGAUAAUGAAGGUGAGGAUGAUGAGGAAACUGAAGAAUAAGGUACUAACACAGAAGAGUAAGACGAUAAUAAUGCAGAAGAAUAGAAAUAAUAAGAUGAUAAUACAGAAGAACAAGGAGAAACAACUGGUGAUGAUGAUGGCAAUGAGGAAGGUGAUCAUUCAGAUGCUGCUGCUGAUGAUGGUUCCUAAAAGGGUGGUGAUAACGGGUCAGGUAGUAAUAAUGCUGCAGUUCCUGAAGAAGCGGAAGAUUUAAGUGAUAUCAGAAAAGUGUUAGAUGCUAUUGAAAAGCAUAGCAAGAAAUCAUUAGAUUUAGAAUAGGAGGAUGAGGUCAGAAGCUCUAUGAUUUAUAUUGAUUUUAAACUACAUAUUGAAUUAGAAAAUCAAUACUUUGAUAAACAAAUUGCUGGAGAAAAAGAAAACCUAAUCAAAUUAACUAAUCAACUCACCAAUAGAGUCUCGGUUGCUAGACAAUGUAAUGCUAGACUCAAACAAAUUUCUAUUGCUUUUCAAGUCAGCCAAGAUGAUUACAAUGACUCAUAUCAACAUUACUUGGAACUCAGAAAGUCAAAGGAAGAUGAGUUGGCUACAUUUGAAGACAUUUACAGAAUUUAUACCAAUUAGGUUGUCUGAAUUAUAUUAAAUAAAACAAAUUUAUAUUUAUACAAAUUAA